AUGGCGUCUAGAAAACGAGGGCAGCUGUGUGAUAACAACGAUAGGGACGGGGAAAACAACCCGGAUGACAAAGACGACGAAGUGGACAACACAGCGGGUCUUGGGUUAUUGUUGGACGCUUCUGAUAAUGAGUAUAUGAUUAAAUGUUGUGGUUUUGUCGAUGCCUGGGAGUUUUAUGCCAAGUCAAACACAGGGGUGGUGGAUCUACAAGUGUGGCGCCCAAUAGGAGGCGGAAUUUACACAUUAGUUGGCCAAAACUCCUACACAGUCACAAACACGGACAGGGAGAUAAGAUAUUCUAUUCCAGUCUCGGAGCGCAUACCUGUGAAAAGCGGAGACUACAUAGGAUUCUACACAGCUGGAAAUCCUAUAGUAGCCUACAAAAGAGAGGGCGGUUGGUGGAAUUCGAAUGGUUGGACGUCGUCAGAUUCUAUUGGAUCUUCUGUGGUAGGAGACACUUAUGACUGGGGGUCCGCCACCUCUUUUCAUGAGUCACGGGAAUACGCCAUCAAUGUCCAGUUGGAUCCAGGAAACAGGCCAAGUCUUUCAAAUUUGGACAACUCGUUGUCUUUUUUAGAUGAUACAGCAGUAAACACUCUCAUCUAUACUAUAACUGCUACCGAUAGUGACACAUCUGACGUCAUUACAACUGAAAUGACUACGUUAUCAUCUUAUUUUACUUUUGACCAAUCAACGGGAGAAGUUAGGAACACGGGGAUUCUUCCCAGUGGAACCACGUCUUUAACGUUUCGGGUGACAGACACGUGUGGGCGAACAGACACAAAAACGUUGACAAUUGUCGUCACCAAUAUCCCCCCUGUCAUUCAUAACCUGCCAGCAUCAUGUGACCUGUCGGAGGACCACGCCUCGGAACAACUACUUUACACGAUAAACGCCACUGACUCCUCCUCCCUAGACAAGGUUACGUGUAGUGUCAACGGCAUCAGUCCAACCACAGACAACUUUUUCGCCAGAUUAGUAACUGGAUCAACUACGUUAUACGGAGUAUACGUGAAAGCACAGCCCUCGUUGGAUUAUGACACCGCCCGGCAGUAUGACGUCACAGUGAGGUGUACAGACGGAAAAGAUCCCGUGACGGAAGUAUUUACAAUAUAUAUCUCCCGAAACAACCCACCUGUUUUUGUCAACUUACAAGCGACAACGAGGAUACCAGCUGCCACGUCUACCAAAGGAAACAUCAUAUAUACAGUGAAUUCCACUGACGAAGAUUCCAGUCAACUGUACUACAACAUGACAUGUGUUCCUGCUUCCUGUCCCUUCACAAUACACAACUACGGUGAAGUUAUCGUGACCUCUGACCUCUCUUCCCAUACCGUGGCCGGAUAUGACCUGUAUAUUUACGUCACAGAUGGUAACACCUUGGUGGGACCUCGUACCCUUACCGUAAUCAUUGAAGGAAUAAAUUCAGUGCCAACGAUCACCAACCUCCCUCUGUUGACGCCGAUCACUGUACAAGAGAACGUUGCCCUAUCAACCCCGGUCUUCCAGGUCUCCUUCACCGAUGUAGACGCUGGACAAAAUCAUACUUAUCACCUCUACUGCAAUCCGAGCCUUGGUUCAACUCUUUUUUCAAUUAAUUCUACAAAUGGACUGAUCACCACCUCUUCUACUCAGACAAUCAACUACGAGUCUGUGUCCACCACGUCCACCAGCUUUCAGAUGACCGUCACAGUGUCUGAUGGAUACGAUACCGCUACGUCAUCCUUUACCGUCGCCAUUGCAGAUCAGAACGAGGCCCCAGUGUUCGGGAAGGAUGUGUAUUUCAUAUCCGGCACUGAAGGCAUGGCAGGGGCUGUUGUUAGUAACCCAUCCUUUGACGUCACAGAUCCUGAUUCGGGAGACACACAGACAUACUCAAUUGAUUGUCCUUCCUUUAAUAUUAACCCAGGCACUGGGGUCGUCACAUUAAGCCAUGACUACGAUCUAGACGUCGCUGGGACUGCCACGUCAGUCACGUGCACAGUUACAGUGACCGACGGUGACCUGAAAGACACAGCCUCAUUGGUCAUCACACUUAAUGACGUCAACGAUCACACCCCUGUCAUGGGUAGUCCUACCUAUACAUUUUAUGCUUCGCCUAACACCGGUGUAGGUACCGUGAUUGGCGUGAUAACAGCCAGUGAUGGAGAUCUGGGAUCUUUUGGAAACAUUUCCUAUUCCUUGGAUCAAAUCUCCCUCGGGAAUGAAUACUUUGGAGUGAAGACUAAUGGGGACAUUUACGUAAAGAACAGUUUGCUUGGCUUCUCCACCGGAAUAACUCUGAGUUUGACAGCCACGGCACGAGACAAGGGUGGAUUGCAGGACACAGCCACCAUAACAGUCAUUAUCCCAGAAUCCACCACCGCUGCCCCGGUAACCACUACUGAUCGUCACCUAACGUUCUGGGAAGACACGGGCAACAUUGCCUGGGUGACUGUCGCUUCCGUGUUGCUUUGUGGCUUCAUUACAUAUUGCUCCUAUCUUCUCGCCAGAUAUGGAAACUUCCCAUGUGUGAAACACACAUAUAAACGCCAUGAAAGCAAAGUGAACACAACUAAAUGGUCUCAACAUGAAUACAACAAGAAGAGAAACCCUGCAAACAAAAAGACGUUAAUUUCAGAAAGAUAUGACUUGAAGCCAUGGGAGAGGAGUAAUCCAUCUUACAAGUAUGACAGUUCACGAACUCUACAUGUGUAAAUAAAUAUCAAUUGGAGAAUAACCCGAGUUUCAGAAUGAUGC